UCCAUUUCCCGUCCUGCUUUUGCGCGGUCCGUGUCACGCAGCUGCACUGUAGAUGAGGCCUGUGCGACUCAUGAAGGUGUUCGUCACCCGCCGGAUCCCGCCCGAGGGCAUUGCUGCGCUCACCCGGGCUGCAGACUGUGAGGUGGAGCAGUGGGAUUCGGAUGAGCCCAUUCCAAGCAAGGAGCUGGAACGGGGUUUGGCAGGGGCCCAUGGCCUGCUCUGCCUCCUCUCUGACCGAGUGGACAAGAGGCUCCUGGAUGCUGCAGGAGCCAAUCUCAAAGUCAUCAGCACACUGUCCGUGGGUAUUGACCACUUGGCUCUGGAUGAAAUCAAGAAGCGUGGGAUCCGAGUGGGCUACACCCCAGAUGUCCUUACAGACGCCACUGCUGAACUCGCAGUAUCCCUGCUACUCACCACCUGCCGCCGUUUGCCAGAGGCCAUUGAAGAAGUGAAGAACGGAGGCUGGACCUCAUGGAAGCCCCUGUGGAUGUGUGGCUACGGACUCACGCAGAGUACUGUCGGCAUCAUCGGGCUGGGGCGCAUAGGCCAGGCCAUUGCUCGGCGACUGAAACCCUUCGGCGUCCAGAGAUUUCUAUACACAGGGCGCCAACCCAGGCCUGAGGAAGCAGCGGAGUUCCAGGCAGAGUUUGUGUCUGUCCCCCAGCUGGCUGCCCACUCUGAUUUCAUUGUCGUGGCCUGCUCCUUAACACCUGAAACUAAGGAGCUCUGCAACAAGGACUUCUUCCAGAAGAUGAAGAAAACAGCUGUGUUUGUCAACAUCAGCAGGGGCGAUGUGGUAAACCAGGACGACCUAUACCAGGCCUUGGCCAGUGGUCAGAUCGCAGCUGCUGGCCUAGAUGUGACAACCCCAGAACCACUGCCUACAAACCACCCUCUUCUGACCCUGAAGAACUGUGUGAUCCUGCCCCACAUUGGCAGUGCCACCCAUGGAACUCGCAACGCUAUGUCCUUGCUGGCAGCUAACAACUUGCUGGCUGGCCUGAGAGGGGAGCCGAUGCCCAGUGAACUCAAGCUGUAGCCAAACAGAAGACAUCAAGGGCUGGGAGGAAAAUAGCACCCUGGUGUUCUGUUGGGUGUGCCUACAGGUGGAGCCAAGGGGAAGUCUGAUCUGUCCUGAUUCUUCGAGGAAGGACUGGUGCUGGUAGAUGUGCUCGCUACAUUUGUGGUUGGGGGGGAAGCUAAGAAAAAAAGAGCAUCAAACUCAGUAUAGUGCCUUGUGCCUGUAGUCCCAGCUCCUCAGGAGCCUGAAGCCAAGAGUUUGAGGCUGCAAUAAGCCAUAAUGAUGCCUGGGAAAAGCCACUACACCCUAGCCUGGGUGACACAGUGAGACCCCCAUCUCUAAAAAUAAAUAAAUAAAAAGAGCAUCUGCUUACUUCUCCUAAA